UCUGUCUUCGCGCUGCUUAUCCCUAUUUUCUGCAAGAGUUAUUAUCUUUCUACAUUAAGACCCAGAAGAGACUAUGGCAGACUCCCUCUUUGUCGACAUCACCACCCCCAAUGGCCGGCAGUACCAGCAGCCGACCGGCCUGUUUAUUAACAAUGAGUUUCGUCCUUCGUCGAGUGGCCAGACUAUCGUGUCUUUAGAUCCUGCCACCGACAAGCCCAUCGCCACCGUCCACGCCGCAACAGCAGAAGAUGUCGACGCUGCCGUUCAAGCCGCCAAAGCGGCGCUAUCACACUCCUCGUGGAAGCUCCUCCCCGCCACCGAGCGCGGACAGCUAAUGGGUCGUCUGGCCGAUCUGAUGGAAGAGAACCGGGAGCUUUUUGCUGCUAUUGACGCAUGGGAUAACGGCAAACCCUACCAAGUCGCCCUAACCGAAGACCUCACCGAAGCCAUCACCACCAUCCGCUACUACAGCGGCUGGGCUGACAAGACCUUCGGACAAACCAUCAGCACGACCCCCCAAAAGUUCGCAUACACUAUCCGCCAACCCAUCGGCGUGGUCGGUCAGAUCAUCCCAUGGAACUACCCGCUCUCGAUGGCAACGUGGAAGCUGGGACCCGCGCUCGCCUGCGGGAACACCGUCGUCAUCAAGGCCGCUGAACAAACACCCCUCAGCAUCUUGGUCCUCGCAACACUCAUCAAGAAAGCCGGCUUCCCGCCCGGAGUGGUGAACAUCAUCAACGGCUACGGAAAAGAAGCCGGCGCUGCGCUGGUCCAGCACCCGCUCGUUGAUAAGAUUGCUUUCACGGGCUCCACUGCUACCGCCAGAGAAAUCAUGAAGAUGGCAGCCGGCACAUUGAAGAACAUCACUCUCGAGACGGGCGGAAAGUCACCCUUGAUCGUCUACCCGGAUGCGGAUCUCGAGCAGGCAGUUAAGUGGUCGCAUUUCGGCAUCAUGUCCAACAAAGGCGAGAUCUGCACUGCUACGUCGAGGAUCUUCGUGCAUCGGAGUAUUCUCACUACUUUCUUGGAGAAAUUCAGGGAGGCAAUCGAGACGACUUCCAAGAUCGGCGACCAGUGGGACGAGAAUACCUACCAGGGACCACAGGUCACCCGGGCACAGUACGAGCGGGUUCUCGCCUACAUCGAGACAGCCAAACAGGAGGGCGCUACGCUAGUCACCGGCGGCAAGCCCUAUACCCCCAAGGAUGAAAAGAACGCAAAGGGCUACUUCAUCGAGCCGACAGUGUUCACUGACGUGACUGAUGACAUGCGCAUUUGUAAAGAAGAGGUAUUCGGGCCUGUGGUGGUAAUUCUGCCAUUUGAUUCGGAGGAGGAAUCGGUGCGUCGCGCCAACGAUACCACGUAUGGUCUGGGCGCUGCGGUCUUCACGACUGAUCUGGAGAGGGCGCAUCGUGUAGCGGCAGAUAUCGAGGCUGGCAUGGUCUGGAUCAAUAGUAGCCAGGACUGUGAUCCGCGGAUUCCGUUUGGAGGUGUCAAGCAGAGUGGAAUCGGGCGUGAGUUGGGUGAGGCGGGGCUGGAGGCGUAUUCGCAGGUUAAGGCGGUGCAUGUUAAUAUGGGGAGUAGAUUGUAGACUAGACUAGAAGGCAG